UAAAGGGUAACGGCUCCUGAAGGCUAACAGCUCCUAAAACCGCACUUGUCCUAAAAGGACACAGGCAGAGCCUUCACACAGACUUCUGUAGUACACUGGUACCCAUGACGAAUGAUUCUUAGCUCUCAAUCAUGUUUUUUAAGUCAUCCAUUAUGGUUUGCCAAACUUAAACUUAUUUAACAUAACUUUGACAACUUCAGAUCCAAAAGGCAGACUGUGAUUGGACAGCUGCUGUUACUAAGAAGAGAAGCCAUUGGCUAGUUUUCAGUCUGUUCCUGAAAGAUUCCUCUGCAGCCACCUGAUACUGCGAUCCGUGACACACGGACCCCUGGAGAGCUGCACGGUCUGUCAGACCUGGCCCAUCACUGCCUGCAGGUUUCCGGCAGGCUCCGCAUUUCAGGUUGAAUCGGGCAGUUUAUGGCAGUCGGGCUCCCAGGAAGCACGGCUGAACUGCAUAGGUGACCUAGAAGGCGCUGUGGCGGCCGGCGCUCCAGCUGGACCGAGAGAGCUGACGGGAGCUGCGUGCCGAUUUGGGCUUCGGGAUGGGUGCCGGUGUGGGCUGCCUCUGCUGAGUCCAGGACGCCCAAAGUCUGGCUGUUGGCUCUGGGUGUCGCCGCUGGACGCCAUUCAGGGGCCUGGAGAGGAUGCAGACCUCAACGCCCCACACAGUGUCCAACCAUACCACGCUUGCCCAAAACACCACCAAGUCGUACGAGCAGAUCCUGAUGCAGAGUUCUGGGGCCAUGAUAGCUGUCGUAGUCAUUGGGAUCGUCAUCAUUCUCACCAUACUGCUGAUAAUUCUGAAGACCUACAACAGGAGGACACACGCGACCCGCAUGCUCCGAGGCUCCAGGCCACCCAAGAAGUCGUCCACGGUGCACACCAACGUGCAGCUACACAGCCUGUCCACCAGCCCUGCGACGGGUGGCUCGGCACAUCUACAGACCAGCGCAGCAAACGGCCUCUAUCUGCCCAGAGCUGAGUGGAGCAGCUUGGGCGGAGCAGGCGCCGAGUGGGACGGCACAACCAACGGCUCCACGGUGGCCGCUGUACAUGACUGCCCACCGCUGGAGAACACAUAGCCAAGGGCAGGACUUGGGACCUUGCACCGACACAAAAAGGAUGCUGGGAUAGGCUGGGGGAAGAAGCAGAGGAGAUGGUGCCGCCUGCCAGCCGGAUUUUGUGGGCCGGGGUGGGCCGGGGGGGGGGGGGGCUUUCAGUCAAACUCGUUAUAUUUGGCUGGGAGGGCGAUCAGCGGCCCAGGACGUGAUGGCAGCGAGGCUGUGAGCGGCCGCAGACAGAAGGGUCAUCCUCACACUGAGCAAGGAGAGGUGCCUCCAGGCUUCUUCCUCAUCUUCUUAGCUUGAUAUGUUUAUCGGAGACUCACCCAAUUACUAUGUGUUGUGGUCAGAUACUGCAUUACGCUGAACUGUUGUACAUAACAGCUGUUAGUAAGCAGUUUGACUUGUUCGUCCGGGUCCCUGACACUGGUGUGUAGUAUGGAUAGUCUGCGCGGUGUCUUCAUGUGUAUCUCCGUCCGGUGACGCCUCUUCUGUGAUGUCAACGAUGAAUUGGCUUAAGAAUGUGGAAAAUGUUUUUAGAUGCUGGUACUGCUGUCAAACACAAAGCGGACAUCAUCACCACCAUCAGCACGUAGUAUGAAAGACUGUUGUUGUGAACACAAGAUCAACACAAUGAUAGUGUUGUCAUGCUCUCAGAAGGUCUAAAGAAUGCAUUCCAAAAAUGCUGCCCAUUCAGGCGCCAUUGAGUAGUUGUUCAUUGUAAAUUACGCAAACUGUACCUACUCUGACAUGGCCACCGUCACCACUGUCUGAUUGAUCAAAAUUCCUGGAGAUACCGUUGUUCUGCGUUGAUAUGUCUGGAUUAUCUGAAAAAAGAAAAACGAGUAUUCUAUAUAUUUAUUUAUUAGUAGUAUUAUCGCACCUCCUUCUUAAAAAAAAUACUGAAGAAUGGCUGAAGGGAAUGGUUUGGUAAUGUAUAUUUAUGCAAGCUAAUUCCGCUAGCGUUUGAUGCUAACAUAAGACGGCGAUUCUCACAGACAUGCUAGUGGAAAUCAGCACAUAGUAAAUCAUUAUAUACACCGUGUGAACAGUAAAUAAGCAUCUCUUCAGUUUUACGUCACUGUCGCUCUCCAAACUCGGCAACGCCUUUCCUGGGCCGCCCCAUCCGCAGUGGAAGCGAGCUGGACCCACACAAUAACUAGUACCUCUUUGCGGUAGGCGUCGGGUACGGCUCGGUUCCUAAAUGACAUUAUGACAUUCAGCACUCCGUUUCCCUGUCAAGUCAUGAAACUGGUUUUAAUGUCACUGACUGGUCUAUAUAAAUGUCAAUAGGAGGCCAGCUGGUGACCCAAAUAAAUGUACAACUUUUACAUGAAAA